AUGGGGAUCUCCACAGUCAUCCUUGAAAUGUGUCUUUUAUGGGGACAAGUUCUAUCUACAGGUGGGUGGAUCCCAAGGACUACAGACUACGCUUCACUGAUUCCCUCGGAGGUGCCCUUGGAUACAACUGUAGCAGAAGGUUCUCCAUUUCCCUCGGAGUUGACCCUGGAGUCAACUGUAGCAGAAGGUUCUCCGAUUUCCUUGGAGUCAACCCUGGAGUCAACUGUAGCAGAAGGUUCUCUGAUUCCCUCAGGGUCAACCCUGGAGUCAACUGUAGCAGAAGGAUCUGAUUCUGGUUUGGCCCUGAGGCUGGUGAAUGGAGAUGGCAGGUGUCAGGGCCGAGUGGAGAUCCUAUACCAAGGCUCCUGGGGCACCGUGUGUGAUGACAGCUGGGACACCAAUGAUGCCAACGUGGUCUGUAGGCAGCUGGGUUGUGGCUGGGCCAUGUCAGCUCCAGGAAAUGCCUGGUUUGGCCAGGGCUCAGGACCCAUUGUUCUGGAUGAUGUGCGCUGCUCAGGACACGAAUCCUACCUGUGGAGCUGCCCCCACAAUGGCUGGCUCUCCCAUAACUGUGGCCAUGGUGAAGAUGCUGGUGUUAUCUGCUCAGCUGCCCAGCCUCAGUCAACACUCAGGCCAGAAAGUUGGCCUGUCAGGAUAUCACCACCUGUACCCACAGAAGGAUCUGAAUCCAGUUUGGCCCUGAGGCUGGUGAAUGGAGGCGACAGGUGUCAGGGCCGAGUGGAGGUCCUAUACCGAGGCUCCUGGGGAACCGUGUGCGAUGACUACUGGGACACCAAUGAUGCCAAUGUGGUCUGCAGGCAGCUGGGCUGUGGCUGGGCCACGUCAGCCCCAGGAAAUGCCCGGUUUGGUCAGGGCUCAGGACCCAUUGUCCUGGAUGAUGUGCGCUGCUCAGGACAUGAGUCUUACCUGUGGAGCUGCCCCCACAAUGGCUGGCUCUCCCACAACUGUGGCCAUGGUGAAGACGCUGGUGUCAUCUGCUCAGCUUCCCAGUCCCGGCCGACACCUAGUCCAGAUACUUGGCCAACCUCACAUGCAUCAACAGCAGGAUCUGAAUCCAGUUUGGCCCUGAGGCUGGUGAAUGGAGGUGACAGGUGUCAGGGCCGAGUGGAGGUCCUAUACCGAGGCUCCUGGGGAACCGUGUGCGAUGACUACUGGGACACCAAUGAUGCCAAUGUGGUCUGCAGGCAGCUGGGCUGUGGCUGGGCCAUGUCAGCCCCAGGAAAUGCCCAGUUUGGCCAGGGCUCAGGACCCAUUGUCCUGGAUGAUGUGCGCUGCUCAGGACACGAGUCCUACCUGUGGAGCUGCCCCCACAAUGGCUGGCUCACCCACAACUGUGGCCAUAGUGAAGACGCUGGUGUCAUCUGCUCAGCUUCCCAGUCCCGGCCGACACCUAGUCCAGAUACUUGGCCAACCUCACAUGCAUCAACAGCAGGAUCUGAAUCCAGUUUGGCCCUGAGGCUGGUGAAUGGAGGUGACAGGUGUCAGGGCCGAGUGGAGGUCCUAUACCGAGGCUCCUGGGGAACCGUGUGCGAUGACUACUGGGACACCAAUGAUGCCAAUGUGGUCUGCAGGCAGCUGGGCUGUGGCUGGGCCAUGUCAGCCCCAGGAAAUGCCCAGUUUGGCCAGGGCUCAGGACCCAUUGUCCUGGAUGAUGUGCGCUGCUCAGGACACGAGUCCUACCUGUGGAGCUGCCCCCACAAUGGCUGGCUCACCCACAACUGUGGCCAUAGUGAAGACGCUGGUGUCAUCUGCUCAGUUUCCCAGUCCCGGCCGACACCCAGUCCAGAUACUUGGCCGACCUCACAUGCACCAACAGCAGGAUCUGAAUCCAGUUUGGCCCUGAGGCUGGUGAAUGGAGGUGACAGGUGUCAGGGCCGAGUGGAGGUCCUAUACCGAGGCUCCUGGGGCACCGUGUGUGAUGACAGCUGGGAUACCAGUGACGCCAAUGUGGUCUGCAGGCAGCUGGGCUGUGGCUGGGCCACGUCAGCCCCAGGAAAUGCCCGGUUUGGCCAGGGCUCAGGACCCAUUGUCCUGGAUGACGUGCGCUGCUCAGGCUAUGAGUCCUACCUGUGGAGCUGCCCCCACAAUGGCUGGCUCUCCCAUAACUGUCAGCACAGUGAAGACGCUGGUGUCAUCUGCUCAGCUGCCCAUUCCUGGUCGACGCCCGGGCCAGACACGUUGCCGACCAUCACCUUACCUGCAUCGACAGUAGGAUCUGAAUCCAGUUUGGCCCUGAGGCUGGUGAAUGGAGGUGACAGGUGUCAGGGCCGAGUGGAGGUCCUAUACCGAGGCUCCUGGGGCACCGUGUGUGAUGACAGCUGGGACACCAAUGAUGCCAAUGUGGUCUGCAGGCAGCUGGGCUGUGGCUGGGCCAUGUCAGCCCCAGGAAAUGCCCGGUUUGGUCAGGGCUCAGGACCCAUUGUCCUGGAUGACGUGCGCUGCUCAGGGAAUGAGUCCUACUUGUGGAGCUGCCCCCACAAUGGCUGGCUCUCCCACAACUGUGGCCAUGGUGAAGACGCUGGUGUCAUCUGCUCAGCUGCCCAGUCCCAGUCGACGCCCAGGCCAGACACGUUGUCGACCAUCACCUUACCUCCAUCGACAGUAGGAUCUGAAUCCAGUUUGGCCCUGAGGCUGGUGAAUGGAAGUGACAGGUGUCAGGGCCGAGUGGAGGUCCUAUACCGAGGCUCCUGGGGCACCGUGUGUGAUGACAGCUGGGACACCAGUGACGCCAAUGUGGUCUGCAGGCAGCUGGGCUGUGGCCGGGCCACGUCAGCCCCAGGAAAUGCCUGGUUUGGCCAGGGCUCAGGACCCAUUGUUCUGGAUGACGUGCGCUGCUCAGGACAGGAGUCCUACCUGUGGAGCUGCCCCCACAAUGGCUGGCUCUCCCACAACUGUGGCCAUCAUGAAGACGCUGGUGUCAUCUGCUCAGUUUCCCAGUCCCGGCCGACACCCAGUCCAGAUACUUGGCCGACCUCACAUGCACCAACAGCAGGAUCUGAAUCCAGUUUGGCCCUGAGGCUGGUGAAUGGAGGUGACAGGUGUCAGGGCCGAGUGGAGGUCCUAUACCGAGGCUCCUGGGGCACCGUGUGUGAUGACAGCUGGGAUACCAGUGACGCCAAUGUGGUCUGCAGGCAGCUGGGCUGUGGCUGGGCCACGUCAGCCCCAGGAAAUGCCCGGUUUGGCCAGGGCUCAGGACCCAUUGUCCUGGAUGACGUGCGCUGCUCAGGCUAUGAGUCCUACCUGUGGAGCUGCCCCCACAAUGGCUGGCUCUCCCAUAACUGUCAGCACAGUGAAGACGCUGGUGUCAUCUGCUCAGCUGCCCACUCUUGGUCGACGCCCAGGCCAGGUGAGACGCCCAGGCCAGACACGUUGCCGACCAUCACCUUACCUGCAUCGACAGUAGGAUCUGAAUCCAGUUUGGCCCUGAGGCUGGUGAAUGGAGGUGACAGGUGUCAGGGCCGAGUGGAGGUCCUAUACCGAGGCUCCUGGGGCACCGUGUGUGAUGACAGCUGGGACACCAAUGAUGCCAAUGUGGUCUGCAGGCAGCUGGGCUGUGGCUGGGCCAUGUCAGCCCCAGGAAAUGCCCGGUUUGGUCAGGGCUCAGGACCCAUUGUCCUGGAUGAUGUGCGCUGCUCAGGACAUGAGUCUUACCUGUGGAGCUGCCCCCACAAUGGCUGGCUCUCCCACAACUGUGGCCAUGGUGAAGACGCUGGUGUCAUCUGCUCAGCUUCCCAGUCCCGGCCGACACCUAGUCCAGAUACUUGGCCAACCUCACAUGCACCAACAGCAGGAUCUGAAUCCAGUUUGGCCCUGAGACUGGUGAAUGGAGGUGACAGGUGUCAGGGCCGAGUGGAGGUCCUAUACCGAGGCUCCUGGGGCACCGUGUGUGAUGACUACUGGGACACCAAUGAUGCCAAUGUGGUCUGCAGGCAGCUGGGCUGUGGCUGGGCCACGUCAGCCCCAGGAAAUGCCUGGUUUGGCCAGGGCUCAGGACCCAUUGUUCUGGAUGAUGUGCGCUGCUCAGGACACGAGUCCUACCUGUGGAGCUGCCCCCACAAUGGCUGGCUCUCCCACAACUGUGGCCAUUAUGAAGACGCUGGUGUCAUCUGCUCAGCUUCCCAGUCCUGGCCGACACCCAGCCCAGACACUUGGCCGACCUCACGUGCAUCAACAGCAGGAUCUGAAUCCAGUUUGGCCCUGAGACUGGUGAAUGGAGGUGACAGGUGUCAGGGCCGAGUGGAGGUCCUAUACCGAGGCUCCUGGGGCACCGUGUGUGAUGACUACUGGGACACCAAUGAUGCCAACGUGGUCUGCAGGCAGUUGGGCUGUGGCUGGGCCACGUCAGCCCCAGGAAAUGCCCGGUUUGGCCAGGGCUCAGGACCCAUUGUUCUGGAUGAUGUGCGCUGCUCAGGACAGGAGUCCUACCUGUGGAGCUGCCCCCACAAUGGCUGGCUCUCCCACAACUGUGGCCAUCAUGAAGACGCUGGUGUCAUCUGCUCAGCUGCUCAGUCCCAGUCAACGCCCAGGCCAGAUACUUGGCUGACCACCAACUUACCGGCACCGCCAAUAGGAUCUGAAUCCAGUCUGGCCCUGAGGCUGGUGAAUGGAGGCGACAGGUGUCAGGGCCGAGUGGAGGUCCUAUACCGAGGCUCCUGGGGCACCGUGUGUGAUGACAGCUGGGACACCAAUGAUGCCAAUGUGGUCUGCAGGCAGCUGGGCUGUGGCUGGGCCAUGUCAGCCCCAGGAAAUGCCCGGUUUGGCCAGGGCUCAGGACCCAUUGUCCUGGAUGAUGUGCGCUGCUCAGGACACGAGUCCUACCUGUGGAGCUGCCCCCACAAUGGCUGGCUCACCCACAACUGUGGCCAUAGUGAAGACGCUGGUGUCAUCUGCUCAGCCACCCAAAUAAAUUCUACUACGACAGAUUGGUGGCAUCCAACAACUACAACCACUGCAAGACCCUCUUCAAAUUGUGGUGGCUUUUUAUUCUAUGCCAGUGGGACAUUCUCCAGCCCAUCCUACCCUGCAUACUACCCCAACAAUGCGAAGUGUGUUUGGGAAAUAGAAGUGAAUUCUGGUUAUCGCAUAAACCUGGGCUUCAGUAAUCUGAAGUUGGAGGCACACCAUAACUGCAGUUUUGAUUAUGUUGAAAUCUUUGAUGGAUCAUUGAAUAGCAGUCUCCUGCUGGGGAAAAUCUGUAAUGAUACCAGGCAAAUAUUUACAUCUUCUUACAACCGAAUGACUGUUCACUUUCGAAGUGACAUCAGUUUCCAAAACACUGGCUUUUUGGCUUGGUAUAACUCCUUCCCAAGCGAUGCCACCUUGAGGUUGGUCAAUUUAAAUUCAUCCUAUGGUCUAUGUGCCGGGCGUGUAGAAAUUUACCAUGGUGGCACCUGGGGGACAGUUUGUGAUGACUCCUGGACCAUUCAGGAAGCCGAGGUGGUCUGCAGACAGCUAGGGUGUGGACGUGCAGUUUCAGCCCUUGGAAAUGCGUAUUUUGGCUCUGGCUCUGGCCCCAUCACCCUGGACGAUGUAGAGUGCUCAGGGACGGAAUCCACUCUCUGGCAGUGCCGGAACCGAGGCUGGUUCUCCCACAACUGUAAUCACCGUGAAGAUGCUGGUGUCAUCUGCUCAGGAAACCAGCUAUCGACAUCUGCUCCUUUUCUCAACAUCACCCGUCCAAACACAGAUUAUUCCUGCGGAGGCUUCCUAUCCCAACCAUCAGGGGACUUUUCCAGCCCAUUCUAUCCCGGGAACUAUCCAAACAAUGCCAAGUGUGUGUGGGACAUUGAGGUGCAAAACAACUACCGUGUGACUGUGAUCUUCAGAGAUGUCCAGCUUGAAGGUGGCUGCAACUAUGAUUAUAUUGAAGUUUUCGAUGGCCCCUACCACAGUUCCCCUCUCAUUGCUCGAGUUUGUGAUGGGGCCAGAGGCUCCUUCACUUCUUCCUCCAACUUCAUGUCCAUUCGCUUCAUCAGUGACCACAGCAUCACGAGGAGAGGGUUCCGGGCUGAGUACUACUCCAGUCCCUCCAAUGACAGCACCAACCUGCUCUGUCUGCCAAAUCACAUGCAAGCCAGCGUGAGCAGGAGCUAUCUCCAAUCCUUGGGCUUUUCUGCCAGUGACCUUGUCAUUUCCACCUGGAAUGGAUACUACGAGUGUCGGCCCCAGAUAACGCCGAACCUGGUGAUAUUCACAAUUCCCUACUCAGGCUGCGGCACCUUCAAGCAGGCAGACAAUGACACCAUCGACUAUUCCAACUUCCUCACAGCAGCUGCCUCAGGUGGCAUCAUCAAGAGGAGGACAGACCUCCGUAUUCACGUCAGCUGCAGGAUGCUUCAGAACACCUGGGUCGACACCAUGUACAUUGCUAAUGACACCAUCCACAUUGCUAAUGACACCAUCCAGGUCGAGGAAGUCCAGUAUGGCAAUUUUGACGUGAACAUUUCCUUUUAUACUUCCUCCUCUUUCUUGUAUCCUGUGACCAGCCACCCUUACUACGUGGACCUGAACCAGGACUUGUACGUUCAGGCUGAAAUCCUCCAUUCUGAUGCUGCACUGACCUUGUUUGUGGACACCUGUGUGGCAUCACCAUACUCCAAUGACUUCACGUCUUUGACUUAUGAUCUAAUCCGGAGUGGAUGCGUGAGGGAUGACACCUACGGACCCUACUCCUCGCCGUCUCUUCGCAUUGCCCGCUUCCGGUUCAGGGCCUUUCACUUCCUGAACCGCUUCCCCUCCGUGUACCUGCGUUGUAAAAUGGUGGUGUGCAGAGCGUAUGACCCCUCUUCCCGCUGCUACCGAGGCUGUGUGUUGAGGUCCAAGAGGGAUGCGGGCUCCUACCAGGAAAAGGUGGACGUCGUCCUGGGUCCCAUCCAGCUGCAGACCCCCCCACGCCGAGAAGAGGAGCCUCGGUAGGUGGUCGCUCUCAGACCCCACUGCCCACCGGGGCGCAGACCCCUGACUCGGGGACUUGGGAUGUUCCUCUUGGUGUCAUAUUCCAACUCAAAUUGAGCCCUACAUUGUGCUGCACCUGGUCAUACGGAGUUGAAUCAGACCUGGUUCCCGCCUCCCCCAAGGCUCAUGGUCCUUGGAGGACCCGUUGCAGGGCGAGGUCAAGAGAGUUCUGACCUGGAUGGCCCAUAGACCUGACGUCCCAGAAUCCAUGCUUCUCAUCUGCAAAAUGAAAAUGUCAAUACUUACUUCUUAGCACUGUUGAGAGGGUUACAUAAAGGAAUUUUGGUGAAACUGC